AUGGCUUCAACACCAUCUUCAAAUAAAACCACUCCAAGCAAAUCAAAUGCUUCUACCAAUCCCACCAGGAGCUCAGGAAAAACUGACUGGGUGUCGUUAUUCCAGACUCUUCACUUCGCCUGGUUCUUAGGUCAUGUGCUAACGUUGCUCGGAGGUUUGGGGUAUCUUCUGACUAUUAGAAGCUCUGGAGCAAUCAAUUCGUUCUUCUACAACGCUGUAUUUGUGGGCGCUGUCGAGUCUUUCGGUGUCCUUUUGUUCCAAAGCUAUACCAACAAGACUUUGUCGUUGAAACCACUGGACCUUUUGGCUUUGGAGAAUAUUCAGUACUUUGCCAUUGCUGCUUUGUUCUUGACUAUCCUCCCCCAUAUUGCAAUUGCUGUUGUUCCAUUUACCUUGUUCAGUGUGUUUCACGCUCUGUCAUAUACCCGCAGCAACAUUCUACCAUUAUUGAAUAUCCCAGCAACCGCCACCGUUAGCUCCAAAAUUGCGGACUUUGUUAAGACUUAUAACGACAAGUCUUUAUUUUUGGUGUCAAAUUUCGAAUUUUUUACCCUGGCCAUUAUUUUAGUUAAGGCUCUGCUAUUCAGAAAAGGUUACUGGAUUGCUGCCGCUAUUUACACCGUCUUCUUUAAGCUACGAUUCGAAAAAUCUAUCUUUUUGAGGUCAGUCGUAAAGUCUUGGGAAGCAAGAAUUGAUGGUUUAGUCUCACAUCCUUCCCUCAACGUUGCUGUCAAAUCUAACUGGGUGCAGGUGAAGAAACUGAUUAGAACCUAUGGAGGAAAGCCAAUCCUGGCCACUACGGCUUCCGGUUCGUCAUCUUCCAACCCAUCCACUCCACAGAAGAAUGAAUAA